AUGGAUUGUGUAUAAUGCAGCAUCUGGAGUAUACAUCCAGCUGUAAACGGAACAGAGUGCACUCUCUCUUUUUUCUAUCUCUCCUUCUUUCUGGCUAUCCAUCUUUCCAUCUGUCCCCCUGACUGCAGUCUGCAUUCAGUGGCACACUGCUGCUGCUGCUGCUGCUGCUGCUGCUGUGGGUGAUAGGGGUGAGUGGGAGGAACAUCUUUGCCUGUGUGCCUCAGAAAAAAAAAAGAAGAAAAAUGACGAGACAUCCUCCUGGAGCAGCUGCAGCAGGGGUGGACUUGGCUUCCUGUCUUCUGCAUUGCACAAUCGUUUCCCUCCACUCAGACUGAUAAAAAAAAAAGACAAAAACCGGAUCACUGGAAGACAAGGAGAAGGGGAAGAAGCAACCAAGUGGAGGACGGGAACAGAGUUAGUAGUGGGAGGGGGGAAAGAAGAGGGUUGGAAAUUAAUAGAUUACAGAGAAGAGGCUGAAUGGGGAAGGAUGCAUGGAGGGAAAAGAGGAGCCAGGAGCAGCAAAGUGGAAGAGUGAACAGCGCUGCAGUAGAAUGAGGGUUAAAGUGAGAGACAGAGCUGCGAAGUAUUUCAGCUGGCAGCUUUUUGCACACCGUUCAGGGUCUGCCGCUUUCUGAAGAAGCAAGAAAAAGGACUUCACAGUGGAGGCGAGAAGGAGACGAAGGAGGGGGGCAGCCGAGGAGGAGGAAGCCAGAGGUUCUACACACAAGAUGGCUGCUGUGUCCUCUGCCUCUGACACCGGGGACUCCAGGGGCCGCCACCCCCCCGAGCGCCGACUCCUGAUCCUAGGGGGCCCGCGCUCAGGCAAGACCUCCGCCGCCAACACCAUCCUGGGGGACGAGGUGUUUGAGGCCGGGACGGAGACCACGCACAGCAACGUGGGCCAGACGGAGAUCUACGGCAGACGGGUCACGGUGGUGGACACGCCAGCGUGGGCCAUUCCUGCCGAACCCAGCACCGACGACGACGACGAUGACGAAGGUGACAGCACGGACAACGCCGGCGCCGAGUCUGAGAGCCCGACGAGGCCCCUGCCGAGCCUGGACAGCGAGGGGCCGUGCAUGGGGGCCAUUCUCUGCCCCCCGGGACCCCACGCCAUCCUGCUGGUGGUGUCGGUCACCCAGCCCUUCACGGAGACGGAGAAGAGGGCGGCGGAGGAGCAGCUGGGGGCCCUGGGCGGGGGCACCUGGAGGUACUCCACCGUCCUCUUCACGGGCGUGGACAAGCUGCCCAAGGGCGUCUUCAUCGAGGAGCACAUAGCCAACACCGGGGAGGCCCUGCAGUGGCUGGUGGAGCGAUGCGGGAGCAGGUAUCACACCUUUGAUAACACUCGGAAAGAGUCCGAGGAGAACACGCAGGUACCUGAGCUGAUGGAAAAAGUGGAGGAAAUGAUCACCGACAACCAAGGCUGGUACUUUGAGGUGAACGAGUUGAUCUUGCUGGAGGAGGAGCAGGCCCGGAGGGCUCUGGAGGAGGAGAGGAUGAGGAUGGAGGAGCACGCCAGACAGCGGGAGCAGAUGAUCGGAGGACCUCCCAGAGAACUGAGGCUGCUGCUCCUGGGCUGGAAGGGCGUUGGGAAGAGCUCCGUGGGGAACUGCAUCCUGGGCCGCCGCUUCUUCGAGUCGGGCCAGGAGACGGAGCUGUGCCUGCGGAGGCAGGCGCUGGUGUGCGGCCGCCGCGUCACCAUCGUGGACACCCCGGGCUGGGACUGGUUCUCGGUGCGGCGGACCCCCAAGCGGAUCCGGCAGGAGUCCCAGCGCGGGGCCGCCCUCCUGAGGCCCGGCCCCCACACCCUGCUGCUGGUGCUGCCCGUGGUCUCGUCCCUCACCGCCAGGAAGAGGAGGACGCUGCUGGCGCACAUAGACGCGCUGUUCGGCGACGGCGCCUGCCUCCACACCAUGGUGCUGUUCAGCUGCGGGGACUGGCUGGGCCGCACGCCCAUCGAGGAGCACAUCCUCCGGGGCGGCCGCGAGCUGCAGAGACUGCUGGAGUACUGCGGGAACUAUUACCACGUCCUGGACAGUAAGGUGCCCGGCAAGGACCGGAGCGUGUCUGCGCUGCUGGACAGGAUAGAGGAGAUGAUCCGGGAGAACGGAGACAAGGCCUUCCUCCCCAUCCAGACGGAGUGGUUGAGCGAGGAGAGCUCUUACUCCUCCGACAACACCGAGCCGGAGGACGACUGUCGAGGAUGCCAAGUGCAGUGACACGAUGGCUUCGCAGGAGAAGCCGCCCGGUUCCCUUCGUGUCUUUGAAAGACCCAAACAUCACCUCAUGUAACUUUAACCUCAUCUAGACGUCCCUCUCUAACUCUGAAGAGUUUUCAGGGGAGAGCAAAAGGUUAGGAAAGGGAAUCGCCUCGUUUGAAAAAAGAAGACCGAACUCACUGUUCACUGAACAGAGCUCAGCCCAGAUGAACCGGGUCUCAAUGAUGCUCCCAGUGGGCGGUUUUAGCCCCAACCGGAGCAGGCCGUGUGACGAGCUCCGUCUCCCUGGCUGGAAGUUUAACUCGAAGGUCGGGGCCAUGUCCGCAGCAGGUCUGUGAUCAUCGGGAGAGUCAGAGGUGUCUCUCUGUGAGUUGUCUUCGUACGGCCGUCCCCCUCUGCACCAGGUGCCAUUGCUGCUCAUCACUAAGUGUUGAAAUAAAGAGCCGGAGCCAAAACCAAUACCAAAUCAUGGACGGCGAUACUAAAGGAACAAGUGCUCCACGGAGCAGGACGUCGCACGCAGCUCUCGGUUUGUGUACGCUACGAUUACAAAAGUGGACCAGACGUGAAACAUGGUGUCUCUGAUCAUUCACAAGCUGCAAGCUAAAACCCCCCUCAUUAAAGUUUGAUUAGAGUUUGUUCAGGGAGUCAACAACGAGCCAAUCCCUUCAGGGCAAAGUCUGGCACAUUUACACAAAUGCUGAUUCAUCCCGGUCCCAGAACUGCUGACUCGAGCCAAACCGGAGCCGCUGUGCGAGGAUUCGCCUCAGAUUGUUGCCGUUCAUGCUCAAGAGGAGCCCUGAAAAGAGAUAAGAAUGGCUACAUUGAAGCUCUGCAGUCUCAGAUCCCCGUGGAGCAGCUCGAGCUGGCUCGGCUCGGCUACGGUCACGCAUCCAGCGCAAAUAUUGACGAGGUAGAUCCAGCCACGUGCCUCAGCAUCAAAGCGUGAGAGCGGGAGCACGGUCCUGCAGCAGCAGGGCUGCAUCCUGGAGGCCGCGUCAAGCUUUCGCAUGCCACAGAAACAACAUAACCUCAUAAAUCACCCAAGCUCAGUACGGCCUUUGUUACCCGCUCUCUUUUUCUACAUCCACGAGACGCCAGAGACUCACAUCAGUUGUGACGUUUUCACAAAAAGUGGCACUUAAAUGUUAUUUCCGCUCUUCUAGGCAUGUCAACACACCGCAUGCAAGCAAACGAGUGCCUAUAGAGUUGAAGGCAAGCUCACGUCUUAUUCCUCUGAAUCUCGCUUGGAGCAAAAUAAAGAAAGGAAAGAGUUAGUUUCUUGUAUGGCACCGCAACCCCCUCCCUCCCCUCUUGCACCUGCAAUAAAAAUAGAAUAAAAUAAAAAUAAAAAUAAAAAAGACAAAAGUGGAAGGGAAAAAGAAAAAUUCACAGAAAGGGAAGUCUAGAAGUGCUUAUAAAGUGUGACGGACACCACUGCCAUGCUGUAUAGAUUUCACCUCUGCCUGUGAUGUAAGAAACAACCCUGCAGCUUCCUCUCCUCCUCCCUGUGACGUCAGCUACCGCAGCACUUAGUGACACAAGCAUGACUUUAUGAGGAUGUUUCAAACAUUCAUCCGGAGUCUUCGAGUAGCGCUCCAUCUGUGAAUAUGUUGUAUGAUCAGUGUAUAUGAAGAGUAUAAAAUAUAUAUAUAAGAUGAUAAGCUCUUAGCAAAGCAUUUUGCACUGUGUACGUUCUACCACUUUACUGUAGCCAAAGUGAUCUUACCGAUGGUAUGGUGAUGACAUCAUCAGUACUUUGUUCAUCCUCUGACAAUAAAAGAUACAGUAUAUUGGGUUGUUUUUAUUGUGUUUCUUCUUGCUGCACCAAUAUUGAUUUCAUUUUGCUUUGGAGUUUUUUCUAAAAAGAGGAAAAAAAAACGUCCUCAUUUCGCCCUAGGGUGUAUAUGGUCAUUCUACACCACCGCCACUAGAUGGCGGUGUAAACAAGGCUAAUACUGUGGCUGAUAAGUGCUUUUUAAGAAAACAAUGUAUUAUUUGGCUCAUUUUUCAUUACUUGUAUUACAUUUAAAAAUGAGGGCAUUUACUCAUAUAUAACCUUUACAACCCCAUUUUACUGUUCUCCUAAGGAAAAAAAAAGAAAAACAGCUUAUUAGUGCUGCACCAUUCUGUCUUUGGCAAGCUCCCUCAGAAGUAUAGAUGACCUGAGCGGUUUGGACCGAUGCCCGGGUCCAUUACAGCAUCCCCACCCAGGAGCCCGCUGGAAGAUGAAUGCAUGCAUUUUUAUGGGUAAUGAUGUUGUGCAGAGAUAAGCAGCCCCACUCUCCCUUGUACCACCCUCCGUUUGGUGAAAAUGUUUACUCCGUCAACAUGUGAACUACAGGAAUCAACCCCGUGACCACCGGGGUAAUAAAACCCACUAAAAAUAAAAUGUCAAGCUAGUUUCUUCAAACUUAAUAUAUUUUAUUGAGUUCAUAUGACUUAAGUGACUGGAUCAGAUGGAGUGGAUUAUCCCUCCAGGUGCUUCCCAACAUGACCCCUCGGACAUGUACGGUCUUGGUUCCAUAAGACAUAAAUGUGAGAUGAUUAGAUUGUGGAAUCGUUUACUUAAUAUGCCAGAAGACAGGGUCAAUAAGAAAGUUUUUAUUCGGAGUAAAUUAAAUGGCUAGCCAUGGGCUAAAGAAAUAUUUGCAUUAUUUGAAGAGGUUGGAUUACAGUAUAUGUAUAGUAAUAACUUAACUUGUUCAAUAACUUCAAUUAGUGAUAAGUUAUUUGCUUUAUUUGAGACAAAAUGGUUAAAUGAGAUUUUGUUUAAACCCAAAUUACGAACAUACAUCCAAAUCAAGCACAAUUAUGGCCCUGAACCCUAUGUUAAAGCAAACCUAAGAAGAAAACAAAGGUCUUUAAUGGCUCAGCUGAGAACAGGAAUCCUUCCCUUGAAUCUUGAAGUCGGUAGAUUUAAAAACAUUCCCGAAGAUGAAAGGUUGUGUGAAUUAUGCGAACUUAAUGAAGUGGAAAGUGAAUCACAUUUUCUGUUAUAUUGCCCUCUGUAUGAUGAACUGAGAACUCCAUUAUUUUCUGAAAUGUUU